CCCAUGCACAAAGUUCGACGGUCCAUUUGCGAGCCGGUAUGGACGUCGACGGGGUGCCCGGGACCGGUAGCGACGAGGUAGCAGCAAGGCGACAGCCGAUGCAAGAGCUUCCGCGCAGCGCAGCCACGGCCAUUGCGCUCGAAGCUGCAUCGGCCCCAACGACGACAACUCGCAAGCGGGGUCGCCCACGACGCGAGCUAGCACCUUCACCGCCCAAAAAGAAGCGUGGUCGCCCACAGCGCGUGCUGCCGGCGCAGGAGAUGCCUGUCGCAUCAGCAUAUUCAAGGUUCUCGGACGAUGACGCAAGCGCGAUGGCUGGACGACCCACGCUCACAAUUCCGCUUAAGCCUCAAUAUGGGUAUCUCGCCACGAACCGGCGGCGAAAGACAACGAGCCCAAGCGCCGAUAAGCCGCGACAACCAAGCGCAGGCGCGCAGCUAAUCGAAACCGCGCUGCAAGAGCAACCUACAGAGCGCCGAUACCCCGCGAGGUCCAGAGCGGCUCCGCUUGGAGUCUCGGCACUCCAUACCUCGCCUCAAAGCAAGAAAGGUCGAGGGCGAGGCCGCCCACCACGCAAACAGGCGGGACCAGAGGCUACGCCGACCGCAGAAAUCGAUGACGCACAAGCAUCGCUAGCGGAGCCUCCACGCGACGAGCCGAGUUCAACUUCCUACGCCGACGCGUCGCGCCUUGCCGCGCUCGAGAAGCGACUUCGCGAUCUUGACCGCUACAACGCGUACCUCGAGUCGCGUAUCACUGAGCUCGAGGCACAAGUUGCUGCGGCGACGAGAGGCCAAAUCGAGCGGCCGAGCGCCCGCGAUAUGGCCAUGCCACAGCCGGCCUCUGCCACGUAUGUGCCGCCGUCCGGUGCGGCCCUCGUGCCUGCUUUUCCGUCGGUGCAGUUCGCUUCAACGCCAAUCGCAUCGGCAGAGCCAGCACGCGCCACUUCGAUACGUCCGGCAAGUGGGGUGCCGCCACCAGCAUUGCGCACGACCCUUGGUGUUCCCGGGAGUCAUUUGAUGCCGGCGAACCUCUUGCCGUGGCUGAGUCUCCCGCCGACCAUGUAUGUGAGCGCCGACUUUCUCAUGGAGGCGACGGCCAAUCUCAUCAAGCCAUGGAGCGUCGCCAUGGGCAUACUGCCGCAAGCGACGCGCCAAGCGCGGUUGGAGGCGUUGCCGCGCAUGCUCACGUUUGUUGUGGACGGCAAGUCAUUUGAUCUUCCUACGAGCACGCUCUUGGAGCACGAGGCAAGCUACUUUCACACGGUCGUGCUGCACCAGCCGUACGCGAUCGACAAGACGGGCGCGGCAGUGUUUGCACUGCAGGUGCAUUUGUCGCCAGCGCUUUUUGGCCGGAUCACCAAGUACCUCUUGUACAAGCACCUCGACACGCGCGACUUGUCGGCGACCAACAUGACGCUGCUUCACUGCACGCUCAAGUUUUGGUGCAUCAAGUGGUUUGAGCGGUCGCCGACCCUCUUUACGUUUGAUGGCACGCUCUCGUCGGCCAAGAUUGCGCUCCUCAACAACAACAAGGCGGCCUCGCUUCUGUACGAAAAUGACCUCGACUUUGAAUGGGCGUACGGUGCGAACGCCGUCACACGCUUCUCUGUCGUACUCGGCGACAUUGGUGGUCGCGUGCUUGUGGGGCUGGGACCCCGCGAGCCGUCUCUCGAGCCCGGCAAUUUUGCUGGUUGGUUCAUCCACGUCCAAGCCUUUCAGAAAGCGUACCUCGUCCAUACGACCAAAGCAUUCGACUACAUGGAGCAACGCCCCGUGACGUUUGAGCGCGGCGACCUCCUCACGGUCCUUCUGGACCGAGACACGCUGUGGCUGCGCUUUUUUCGCAACCAAAUGGAACUUGACGUCGCGUUUCGCCUCGAACCACGCCACGUGCGACAGCCGUUGUUCCCGUCGAUUGGGCUCCGCCCCAGCAUCGACGUGCUCCGUGUCCAGCACGGCUGCCACGUGACGUUUUACGGCUAAAACCUUUCACAAUACAUUUAUUUCAAUACUCGA